UGUUUCACAUUCGACUCCUUAGAGAACGCUGAAAACCUACUGAGGACUUUUAGUUAACAACACAGCUCAGACAGAUAGCAUCUUAUUAGUCAUCGACAGCGAACGAUACACAUCUAUAUCGAGCAAAGAUGAAAACUGCUUUGGUUAUCGUGCUGAUCAUUUUGGUCUUCGUUCCUGAAGCCUAUCCCAUCAAGUGCUACGUGUGUCAAAGCAGCGAUGGUAACUGCAAGACAGGCGAAAAAGAUUGCACAUCGUUAGUCGAUACUUGCUUGAAAACCGUAGUUGGGAAAUCUGUAACAAAGUCCUGCACGACCAGUGAUGGGUGCGAUUUGGCCAAAAGCGCAUGCGACAAAUCGGGAGAAUGUAAAACCUAUUGUUGCAAAAAAGAUCUCUGCAACGGAAGUCUUAAUCUGAAGCCUUUAGCUGCGACAGUGUUUCUGGCUCCAGUUGCUGCUGUUGUUCUAUACCUGAUGUAACCACUGCAAAAACUUCAGGCUUAUGGUCCCAAACGUUAUAUCUUUCUUAACAGUUUUGAAUAAACUUGACGUUUUAGUUAA